AUAAAUUCUGUUUUCUAUCUUUUUUACAGAGGGCUAUAAUCACAUCAGAGGGCUAUAUAUUCCCUCCAGAGGGCUAUGAAUUCCGUUUACUGCAUUUGGUAUCAGUGAUUACACUAAUCUGCCUUCACUAUACCCACGAGACAAGCCGAACAAACAGAUUAUGACAUCACCUAUAGCUGGGAGAUAUAUAUAUCUGCUACCAGGAGCAGAGAAGCAGAGAAACAGUACAGUCAAGUGCAGGAAUUAUCAUCUGCUAAUUGCAAAUCAAGCAAGCAACUGAAACCAAUAUAUACGGCAGUCGUUGAUACAGCAACCUCAGGGAAAAAAUUCCAUGAAUACAGGAAACAUUUUGUGAAAGGUAUUAUCACCAAAUGAACUAAUGACUCUACAAGACAACAAUAACCUCAACAGGACUGGUGUCAGAGUAAAAAAGGAUAUUACUAAAAAAUAUUGUGUCAAGGUAUCAAGGACUUAGGGUUAAUGAUACACUAUGACCCGCACUUAUUGAUACAUCAACCCUGGGGAGAGAUGAUUCCACGAAUACAGGAAUCAUUUUGUGAAAGGCAUUAUCUCCAAAUGAACUAAUGACUCUACAAGACAACAAUAACCUCAACAGGACAAGUGUCAGAGUAAAAAAGGAUAUUACUAAAAAUAUUGUGUCAAGGUAUCAAGGACUUAGCGGUAACGAUACACUAUGACCCGCACUUAUUGAUACAUCAACCCCGGUGAGAGAUGAUUCCAGUAAUCUAGGGAAACAUUUUGUGAAAAGCCUUAUAACCUCCUAACUCUGAGACCACAAUAACAGCUGACAGGUGUCAGAGUAAAAAAGUAUGUUAUAAAAUAUAUAUCAUGUCAAGGCCUUAGAUGGAAUAAUGUACUGUAACUAGAUAUUGGCACCACGCCUACCUUGCAUAGGAGAUUCCAAGAAUCUAGGUAACAUUUUAUACCAGGCCCCGAUACCUGCAGAUAUUAUGUCUUCAAGACAUCUAGCACAGGUGUGGUCCAAGUAAAACACUUUAACUGGAAACGCCAAUCAAAGUUCACAAGGGGUGACAGGAAACAGUAGAAUAUAUAAAGCACUUGGAGAUAAUCGAGUUAUUAUAGUGAAUAAACACUGCAUGAGUAUAUGGUGACAAAAUUUGUAAAAAUGGAAAAGAAUAUUUUUUAAACUAGAUUCUGUCAAGGAAUGAAGUGAUUUAAUCCAUAAAAACAGAUACGAUAUUCUACACCUCUAUUAUCACCAUGGAAACUAAUAACUUACAUCUCAAUAACAACAAUGCAGCAGUUGUUAUGACAACACAAAACUUAUCGUUUAACGAUUCAUUCAUAGAGCCAAGAGACCGUCACCAGCAAGUGAUGAUUAUAAGCCUUGCUAUUACCAUACCAAUAGCAGUCAUUGGAUCAAUUGGUAAUAUAAUUACCAUUAUCGCCAUAGCAACAACGCCCAAGCUGCGAAACAUACACACAAUAUUCAUCAUGAACUUAUGUGCCAGUGAUGUCCUCUUGUGUACAGUGAGUAUACCAUUGUUCAACAUAAGUCACUUUGCCACAGGGUGGAUCCAAACUAACCUUAUGGUCUGUCGCAUAUCGCUAUACUUAUUCUAUUGCAAUGGGGGUGCGACAAUUAUGGCCUUGCUCUUAAUUGCUGUUGACCGGAACAUCACUACAGUUUAUCCUCAAUCACACACCAGUGUAUUCACAAAGAAACAUAUCAAGAUCAUGCUUGUAGCAGCUUGGUCAUUCUGCCCACUACUGCUCCUGCUCCCACUUACAAACACUUGGGGAAGAUUCGAUUACGACCCCUCCAUAGGGCUCUGUGUCAUGAUUCGUGAACCUGGAUUCUCAUUCAAUAAGUUCUUUUUUGCAUUCAUCUUCCUCUCAACAAUGACGUGCAUCAUUGGAUGCUACCUUCAGAUCUUUGUGAUUGUGCGUCGUAGUAAACAACGGCUGUAUGGCCAGCGUGGAAUGCAUCAACCAACUGUGACCAGUACAGCAGUGAAACAUUACAAGCAACAGGAGAUGAAACUUACGAAGAUGAUGGUGAUCAUCUUCUGUAUAUUUGUCAUAUGUUACGCCCCGCAGACAAUAAGUCAUCUUGCUGGGGGAUCCGCCAUUAAGAUCCCUGCGUUAAGGAUGAUUGGUGGUGCCAUGUUGUGGCUCAGUAGCUGUUUGAAUCCAUUUGUAUAUGCGAUCAUGAACACAGAGCUACGACGCUCAUAUUGUCGCAUACUACAUUGCUGUUGUAACAGGGAUAAUAAACAGAAAAAGCGUAUGUCUAUAUCGAUGGCAGCUACUGUGCGCCAUAAUACACCACCCUUGGAUGCUAUUACCGUAGCAAACAAUGAUAAAAUAAACAAACUGGAAUAUCAGAACUUUAAAGAUGACAUGAGUAAAGAUGUUAUGUUAUAAAAACACAGAAUGCUAAUGAGUUAUGACAAUGAAUAAAAACACUUCAAUAAUUAAUGAACACAUUAACAAAACACACAAUCUAUGGACACCUUUACAAAAAGUGUUUAUAUGGCAAAGACAAAUCCAUGUUUAGCUCUGAUAUCAAAGAAAGAUUUUUGUGACUACGACAUUUUAGUCCCUAAUAUCUCUUACUGUAUGAAUACUCCAUGUACUGUAACUCAGCUUUUGUAUUCCUAAACAAAUAUAUAAGGAUUAUACUUGAC